AUGUCUGAGCCUAUCAAGAAGGGCAACAUUGCCCAGGCCCCUACACCGCACAAUACGCCGGCAUCGGUGAGCGGAUCGUACCUGAAAAACUCUCCAUUGCCUACUAUCCCGUCCACAAUCAAGGAGGACGACGAGCUGCGCAAGAAGCUGCUGGCCAACCCUGCCAUUUUGUCGAUGAUCGAGGGCAAGCUGAACACGCUGGUUGGCACGGACUCAGGCUACGUGAAGGCGCUCCCUCCGAAGAUUAAAAACCGGUUGUAUGGACUGAAGGCCCUGCAACAGAAACAGUUCAAGCUGGAGGCGGAAUUUCAGAUGGAGCUUCUGAAUCUCGAGAAAAAGUACCACGAGAAACACCAGCCGAUUUUCGAAAAGAGAAAGAAGCUCGUCACGGGCUCGCUGGAGCCUGCUCCGGAAGAGAUCGAAGAGGGCCAGGCCCUGAUGGGCGAGGAGGAGGACGAGGAGGACGAGACAGACGAGACCAAGACAGAGAUCGACGAGAGUCUGAAGGACGUCAAGGGCGUGCCAAGCUUCUGGCUCACGGCCAUGGAGAACCUGGGACCUAUUGCCGAGCUGAUCACGGACCGCGACUCGGAGGCCUUGAACCACCUGAUCGACAUUAGACUGGAGUAUUUCGACGCCCUGGGAUUCAGACUGGUGUUUGAGUUCGAGGAAAACGACUAUUUCACUAACAAGGAGCUUGUCAAGACGUACUACUACCAGAAGGAGCUCGGCUACUCGCGGGACUUUGUGUACGACCACGCGGAAGGUUGCGACAUCAAGUGGAAGGACAACGAGCACAACCUCACGAUCACGGUCGAGAAGCGGAAACAGAGAAACAAGCACACGAAGCAGGUGAGAACGAUUGAGAAGCUGACGGCCGUGGACUCGUUCUUCAACUUCUUCAACCCGCCACAGCCACCAAAGAGCAAGGAGCAGGAGGAAGAGGCCGAGGAGGACGAAGACGAAGACGAGGAGCAGGAAGAGGAAGAGGACCUCGAGCAGAGACUGCAGCUGGACUACGAGAUCGGCGAGCUGUUCAAGGACAAGCUGCUUCCUAGAGCCAUUGACUGGUUCACGGGACAGGCGUUGGAGUACGAGUACGACGACGGCGAGGAGGAGGACUACGAGGAGGACGAGGAGGACUCUGAGGCGGACGAGACCGAUGCAGACGAGGACGAGGAGGAAGAGAGCUCAGACCAGGCCGACACCGCCAAGGCGCAGCAGCCGGCUGAGUGCAAGCAGCAGUGA